UGUAUUGUCUACCCUCAGACAGAUUUACUUUAGAUUUGUUAGUUAUGUCCAGUUUUAAGUGCAAAACUGACCGGUUUAACUCUGUUGUCUAGUAUGAAUUAAAUGAGUUUUAAUUACUCUAUCGCUCGUCAUUUCAACAGAACCGAUAUUUCACGAUAUAUUCAGCGCGAUCGCUUAAGUAUCGAAUUGACAGGCCACAUCAAAACCAGACCAUUGUAAAAUUUUACACAAUUCCGUUUAACUGAGGGGGAAAAUGUGUACUUUUUCUUGAAACUGCACUCCAAUCGCGUGAAGAUUAUUCCACAACAAGAUGUAGUUGAUAUCUUGUAAAUUCUUAGAUUUUUUGUUCAUUUUUUAAGCUCCUUUGAUGUGAUUUCAACAUGAAUUCCUGUGGUCAAACCCAGCAAAGUGCCAGUUUCUUGACUGUCGGGUAUAAGGGUAUUGAUUACAUCUCUGAGGCCUCAGUCAGACACAGAAUGAUGAUUGGCUUGUUAGAACUUCCAGUUCCGUUCCAGCUGGUCAGUAACAUCUACCCACACAAUGGACACCUGCAGGACAACGCUUAUAGAGUACCAUGGAAGAACAAAACAUCAGUUUGUACUCUACAAGUGACUGGGUCUGUAAUGGAUGAUUUGAAGGCCAGCACACGUUUCAGUGACUGUUUGGAGAGGUUUAAUGUGUUGCAGACAGGAAGAGGUCAAGAGGAAGUGGUUCCCAGCUCUAACCCUGCCUCUCAGUGCAGUAUUUCUACCACAGAAGCCCUCUGGCUCCUAGAUGGAGUUGAGAGCAGUACCACCAGGUCACCUUGGGAAGAGAGUUUUAGUCCAUGUUCACCAGAUACAUGCUGUGAUGAUAUUUCUCUGCCAGAGGAGGUGAUAUUCAGUGACCAUCUGCAGCAGUUCAAAAGCCACCUACCUCCUUUUCAAAGGAUGCUUCAGAGGCUGAACAUCAUGAUUGUCUCGGAUCCAGUUCUCAAUUCAUCAGUAAAUCUCUUAGAAGAGGUUAUUUUUAGACACUGUGCUUCAUAUGAUGCAGUUUUAGACAAGGUAACAGGUGCCACGUUUACUUUAAAUGCUACAGAAGAGUUCAAAAAAGAAGCAGUGCUGAAUGAAGAGUCUCUGAUGUUGCCUGUUGAAGUUCAUAUGAACUGCUUUCCAAGACAAGAGCCUAAUUAUUCCUUUGCACAAAUGCAAGAUUUUCUAAAUGUCACCCGUGAACCAAUAGAAGAAUGUUUCCCUUUAAAAGAUCUCAAAGAAGUCACCACUGCUGAUAAACACACAGCUGAGUUGGAGGUCCUGGAAAUGCCUGAAAGCUGCUUUGCUAACAUCACCUUCAAGGAGCCACAAUCUCCAGUUGCUUCGAGGUCUUAUGCUGAGAUGGAAUUAGACCUGCUUCUUUCACCAUCUAGUCAUACGCUGUGUCUACCAGACCUGUGUAUGUCCAGCAGACUGUCAGCUGAGAUUCUGUCACCAGUUUAUAAGCAGCAUUUCAUGUCAGACAGUGAUUGUGAAAAUAUGGAAAAAGCUGUUUGGAUGGCAGAGAAACAUCCCCAUUGUGUGGCUCGAUUUUUACUUGCUGAACCACAGGUAGCUAAGCCAUUGGUCCACAUUCAGUCACUCCCAGAGCUUCUUACACUCCUGAAGGUGGAGAUGGAACAGGAUGCAGAACCCAAAGACAAUAUGGGCCAGUUUCACCUCACUGGCAGUACAGUGAUGCUUCCUGAAAACGUCUUCAGAAAUCUCUCCAUCUAUACUGAGAAAAUGUCCACAGAAGACUGUAAGAGAGCUGUGAGAAAGCCACAUGUGGAUGAAACAUUCUCACCACUGUCUAUUGUGAAAAUAGAUGAGUUGCUGAGUAAGUGUGCUUCAAAUGCAGCACUGCCACCUUCAGGUCGUCCCACUGCAGUUCACCUUUCCCAGAGUAAACCACUGCAGUCAGCUGUACCUACACAGGUGGAUAGAGGUACGACUGUGAAGUUCUUUAUAAUGGAGUCUCACCAACAAGACAGUUCUACAAUGACAACAACCAGAGGAGACUGUAAAGCUGCAGAGAUAAAACAACACAAGUCUAGUCCAGCAGAAAGAUGCUCUGGGAAUUCUUCCAUAAGUCCUUCAGAACAGCAACCCAUCCUCUCUAAAGUGAUUGAGAUUUCUAAGUCUUCUCCACUGAAGCCCAGUGUUAAAUAUAUUGAAGUGAUAUCCAAUAUACAAACACUUCCUAAGCAGUCAGAACAGAGAAGAGAAGAUAUGAUCUCUAAAUCAUCUCCAUUAUCCAACUGUUUGAGAGGCAGAAAGAGAAAUAAUUCUGUAGUUCUCUCUCAUGAAGACCUGAACCCUUUGUCGUCUUUUCUGACAUUAAGAACAAAGUUGCAGAAAAAAUGUCCAAUGCAAAAACCUCAGCGGAGCAGUCCAACAUCUGCAGAGGUAAAUGUGAGUCAGAAUUCUACAGGAAAAGCCUUGCUAGAGAACAGAAUAAAAACAGCGAAUCACAUCUCAGAAACACAAAGCAGUGUCAUUGCUGCUGAGACGAGCUUUCCCCGUGAAGAGAAACAAGAGGCCAUCAGCAAGACUGUAUACGUCCACGCCACAGAGUGUCAAAGAGAUGCAUAUAGGGAGCUGCAGGCGUUGGCUCUGCCCUCUCUGAGUAAAAUGCAGGAGCUGGGCAUCUCUGCUUUGAACAACAGAGACUUUGGUACUCUGUCUUCUGAACUCACAAGAUUCCUCGUAAAGCAGCAAGAGAGAAUGCUUCGGACAGAACAGAAUGGGAACAGUGGGCUUAAUGAAAUGACACUUCUACAUAUUCUGGUCACGCUGAAGGAACAUGUUCUUCUCACAUGUGACCUCAGCACAGCCACUGAUUACCUGGCUAAUGUGAAGGAUUCCUGUGCUCUGAGCUGUCUGGAUGAGCUGUUGAGAAAGUUUGAGGUGCUGCAUUAUCUGAGUCAGAAGAGACAAGAACCCAAUCCUAAACUUCUGGAGCUCCAGGAGCAAAUCAACACAUGGAUGAAUUCCCAUUCUAACCACAACAUUAAAGUUCUAGUUUUGACAGUGAACCGUGUAAACACAGAGUUGCUUGUAGCUCUCAACCAGGCACGAGGAAACUCUGUGUCUGAAGUCAUCCCCAAUGAAGGAAAGAGUAAAGUUGUGAGCAGAGAAGUGAUGGACAGACUCUCCUGCAGUAGGUGUCUUGUUGUGUGCAGUCAGCACGUUGGUCCUGACUUCCCGUGGCAGAGUUUCAGCAUGGUGUUUGAGCUUCAACCUGUGGGUCACUCACCCUUCGGCAGUGUGUGUUCAGAGAGAAACGUCAACUUUAUCUCCUUCUCCACUGCAGUGCCUGAAUCCAAUUUCUCAGAAGAAUCUAUUUCUGCAUCAUAUCUGGACACCAUUCCAUUUGUGUUGCUCGUCACUGAUGGUUUACUGAGAUGCUUAAAGAUGCAACGCACACUGGAGACAAUGUACAAUAUGGUUCUGCUGGAGAGGAAACACUCUCCAUCUGCACUGCAGCUGGGUGGAACCCAUUAUGAUGUCAUCACUGUGGACGAGAACACCGCCAUCCUCAUCCAGGAGCUGAGUGAGUUGGACAUGAGGAUUGGAGUGGCGUCUGAGCGUGUCGUCAUGAGACUCACAGUCCUCUCUCUGCAGUUCAGCCACUGCUGGGUCAUUCUGCACUGCACUGAGAACCACAGGGCACUGAUUUCCAGUAACAUUUAUAUCAAUCUGCUUCAUAUCUACUCUGCAUCUGUGUUGUUUGGAAACAAGUCUGAGAAGUUUGAUGUCAAGGUGUUACUGGUGUGUGAGGAAGAAGAGAUAGCCAGCUACAUCUAUAAGAUCUCCUUACAUACGCUGAUGAACUCAGAGAGAGAUGGAUUGAGCUGGUUGGAUAGAGACUGGCUCAGUGUGCAGCCCACAGAGGCAGAGCAUUGCCUUCUGCAGUUUCCCUGCAUUAAUCCUCUGGUUGCUCAACUGAUGUUGAGAAGAGCUCCAUCACUGCAGUGGCUGCUGGGAGCUUCUUUCUCUGAGCUGCAGGAAAUGUUCCCACAGAUCCCUCACAAAGUCAUUAAGCUCUUUAGUGACAUCACAGCUGAGUCCAAUGUCAAAAAGAGUGAGACUACACACUUCUCAAACAUAAACAGCCGAACUCACUCUCCCUUUUGGGAACAGGAUCCUGUUAAACCACAGAUACAGCUGGAGGAUAAGAUGCCGCCUAGCCAGUUUACAGAGCUGAUUUCAGGUCAUAACAGCGUGAGAGGAGAGGAUACAGCUCAUUUUCACUCAUACAACCCAUUAACGCCAAGCCAGUUCAGCCGAGGUUCAACUACAGCGAGCGUCUGGCAGCUACAGGGUGAAGGAUUCAUUCAAAACCCAGAUCUCAUGCCAGGCCGAGCUGUUCCACGAGGGUCUGCCCAUGUUCCCUUGGCUCCUCUGCCCACUCCUGAAGUGCUGGGAGGCAGAAACACUGCGUGUGGAUUCAGCUCUAGACCGCAGAGUCAGACUCGCUGGAGCUCACCUGAGAAUCAUCUGCCCAACAAGACAGGAGAGGAGAGGAAGAGGCGAGGAGGAGAAGAUGUGCACAGUGUGCUGCCGCACUGCAAGAGAGGAAGACUGCUAUGUGAGCGAGUUCCAGGCAGAAAUGAUGGACAGACCAGACUGAGAUUUUUCUGAGCAAGUUUUGCUAC